CCAGGUGGACCCGCGUCCGAUCGAAACAAGCCGGGGGCUGCCGAUGGGCAAAAGAAAGAGAACCUCGCAGCUGCAGCAGGCGGUCAUAUCUUUUUGGUCGCAUCUGCUCGAAGGUAUCGACGAGGACAGGGACGCAGAGGGUGCAGGCUUCUGUCUCCCGUGCAAGUUUGCAAGCACUGGCGAGUACUUCUCCGGCCUCCGGUGGACGGUUCUGAAGGAGGCACGCGCUCUAGCACGGGAGGCGUGGUACAGGGCCUCUCACCGCCCGCUGACCGCACGACUGGGAGCCCACACCGGGGUCCACGUGCCGAAGUCUGCGCGGCAGGGCUUCGUACGAGGCCGCCCCUGGACGUUCCGCGCCGCGCUGCGCAGCAGGCCGCCCCGCGAGUGGCCCUCGCUGCGCACCGCCUGGCUCGUGGAGCUGGUGCCCUGCCGGGGGAGGCUGCCGCCGGCCCUCUUCGUCGUGACGGCGGGAGGCACCUGGGGAGGGGCCGAGCAGCCGCUGCACCUGUCCGGCUUCGCGCCGGGCGCGUGGGGCUGGGCCGACGACGGCGGCGAGGGUGCCCCGGGCCUGCUGGAGGAGUGCGGCCUGCGGCCUCUGGAGGACCUGGUGCCGCUGCUGAGGAUGUGGACCGCGUGCAGCCUGGCGCCCCAGCCGAAGCUCCUGCGGGGGGUCCUGGGCCUCCCCGAGCCGACGCACCGGAAGUUCUCGGACUCGGAGGAGGAGGAGGGCCCCGACGUGAAGCCCAGCAGUUCGGCCCAGGGGAGUGACGGGGUCGCCGGCGCUGCUCCGCCAGGCGCGCCGCUUGAGUCCGCUCACGCGCCGCAGCUGGAGGGGCUCAACGGCCUGCAGCGCGCCGCGGUCGGUCACAUCAUGUCAGACGAUUGCUUCACGCACCGCUGCCACCUUUUGCAGGGACCCCCGGGGACAGGAAAGACGCGGACAGUGGUCGCUUUGCUGCAGCUCCUGGCGCGCCAGUCGCGCGCGGAUGGCGGGGCCAAGCAGCUCCUCGUGAGCGCGCCCAGCAACGGAGCGGUGCAGGUCGCCCUGGAGGGCUUCCUGAGCUCGGAGGAGGCAAGCCGCACGCCUCUCUGCCUGGUCGGCGUGGACGAGCGCGUGCCGCAGGACGGCCCCUUGCGUCAGGCGUUCUUGCACACGCGCGCGCGGCAUUCACUGGAGCAGGUCGAGUUCUUUGACGGUUGCAGGACGGCCGACGCGCUGAACGCUGCGGUGGAAGCCCUCGAGGCUUUGAGGCUGAGCGCCCCCAGCGCCUUCUCCAGAUUGGGGAUGCCCGCUGGGCGCCCAGUCACUGGGGCGCAGCUGCAGCGCAGCCUGGCAGCAAGCGGGCAGAGCUGCAUGCGAGAAGGCGAGCCGAGCAGCGACUCGGAGGCGAGCUGGCAGCGCCUGGAGCUGGAAGCAGCGCGGGCAGAGCAGCGGGCCGGAGGCGAGCCGAGCAGCGACUCGGAGGCGAGCUGGCAGCGCCUGGAGCUGGAGGCGGCGCGGGCAGAGCAGCCGACGGAGGCGGGGCCGCCCGCAAGACGGGCAGAGGCUCGCAAGACGGACAGAGCAGCCGACGGAGGCCGAACCGGCAGAGACAGCCCGGCCCGUUUCCUGGGCCAGCUCCGCGAGCUGGCGCGGCUGGAGCGCGAGGGCGAGGGCGCCGCACUGGAGGAGGAGCAGCUGCGCAGCUCGCGGGCCGUGUUCUGCACACUGAGCUGCAGCGGCCGGGCAAGCAUGCAGUGGGCGCUGCACAAGGCGGUGGACACGGUGCUGGUCGACGAGGCGGCACAGGCCGUGGAGGCCGAGACCGUCAUCCCGCUGUGCUUGCUGCCCCGGCAGCUGGUGCUCGUCGGGGACCCCAUGCAGCUCAGCGCCACGGUGUGCCACUCUCCGGCCGCCAGGGCGGGCCUGUACUGCCGCUCCAUGAUGGAAAGACUGAUGAGUUCUGGGCACGACUACGUCAUGCUGGAGGAGCAGUACCGCAUGCAUCCAGAGAUCUCCCGCUUUCCUUCCGCCCGAUUCUACGGCGGCCGGCUCGUGGACGUGGCGAGGUCUCCCGCAGCGGGCGGCCAGGAUGACCUGCUCGCGGGGCUCGAUCUGCCCUCCUACGUGGUCGUGAACGUGUCUGGCGGGAAGGAGGUCUGCCAGCGAAAUGGGCGAGCCGAGAUGAGCAACCCGCACGAGGCCAGCGCCGUCGUCAGGGUCGCCAGGCGCAUCGCCGCGGCAGCUCCCGAGAGCGCGAUCGUCGUCAUCACCUUCUACAACGGCCAGGCGCACCUGCUGCGCAGCCUGCUCAGAGAGGGCGCGAGGGCCCCGCCAGAGGGCCCCGGCGCUCCUCGCGUGGUGGUCCACACGGUUGACAGCUUCCAGGGCUCCGAGGCGGACGUGGUGCUCCUCUCCUUCGUGCGCGCCAACCGCGAGCGGCGGUUGGGGUUCCUGUCCGAGUUCAGGCGCCUGAACGUGGCGCUCACCCGCGCGCGGCGCGCCCUGCUCGUCUUCGCGAACGUGGAUUGCCUCGCGCCUGUCAAGGGCCGCACGCCCCCCGAGGACGACGUGGGGGCUCUCUUCGCGGACGCACAGGCGCGAGGAGCGGUGUGGACCGAGAGCCGCGCCGCGGCGGCGCUCGGCACCGCCACCAGCGCCGGCCUCCACGGCCGGGGCGGGG